UCCAAGAUGGCGUCCCGAUGGAGGACUUGGGACGCAGAAUAUUACAUCGAUGCACAUACCUCUAAAAUGCCUGAGGAAACAGAACCAAUACCAGCGGUUGGACAUGGAAGAGGAAAACCUGCGAAAGAUGUCGCCUCUCUCAGUCUUCCCAAGGCCGCUUUGGAAAUAACAAAUGACAAAAACACGGCUCAGGCGCCUGCAAUAGGCCGCGGAAGAGCUAAUGUGAUGAAAGCACGUGCAUUAACUGAUUCACCCCCUAUAAGGAAACCAGGUGAAAAGAAAGCAACAGCUGAUACCAGUGUUAUUAAGCAACUAGAAUCCUUCCCUCCCUUAUCAGCAGCUUAUCCAACCAAAUCAAGAUCAAGUAAACAAAAUACAGGACAGCCAACCUCCCCAACAAUAGUUGACAAUCCAGUUCCAAAUUACACUUCACCUGCACUUCCUAAAAAAGAUUUAUUACAGUCAUUGGAUGGCAGUGAUGUGAUCAUUAUUGAAAAUUUUCCUCCAAACAUUACAGAACAGGAUUUAAUUGAUCUACUUAAUCCAUAUGGUGAUGUUCUAUCAUGUGUGAUUGAAAGAGAUGGUAAUGGAAUAAACUUAGGAACAUCACUUAUCAGAAUGGAGAGCAGGACUGCCUGUGAAUGGAUAGUGAACACAUUUACUGGUGAAGUUUACCCUGGAGCUAGUGAACCUAUGGUGUGUCGUUUCCUCACAGAGUAAUGAACGCAGAAAUGAAGUAUCACAUUAACGACAAAGUUGAAGAACAGCUCAUCUGCCAAUUCAAUCUCUUUUCCAUGUCGCAGCAGGUCUCAAAGAGAGUAAUACAACUGUGCUUAAUUCUUGCGUUUGUCGGGUCGUGUUUUGUAGUUUUUGAUCUCUUACUUGGAGUCUUAUUCGUUUCCUGUUUGUUUUUCCGUUAGUGGAUCCUAUUCGUGGUGUCUGGCCUUUAGAGCUGUAACAAUUUUUAUUUUUAAAUAUUUUUGUGUUAUCUAUUGCAAAGACCUAAGGUAUGAGGAUCACAAGACUUAACUACAGAGGAACUGAAAAACAUAGGCAUGCGUAGCAUGCGAGAGUUCUUUUUUUUCAUGGUUACACCCAAAAAGAACAUAACUUUCAAAAGAACGAAAAUAUCGCAGAAAGACAGAAAAAAACCUAACUUAUCUGAACUCACACAUAUAUUUUGUGGUCUGUUGUCUCUAUUAUCUAAAUACUUCUAAUUAAAAAUGAAAUGCAUCGGUGCCACGCUUACUGUUGUCUCCUUCGCAGCCGUUUGAGAGAGAGU